AUGAACAGCAUACCCACAGAGAUCAAGCUCAACAUCCUUUCACAGGCUCAUCCUUCACAGCUAAACACAAUAGCCAGUGCCUCAAACCAGCUCGAGGAUUUGGUGAAAUACAUCAUCUCUAAAAAAUUACAAUCUCAUCUUGACCAACAACAACAACUUCUCAUAUCAUUAUACUCUCCAAACAGUAAAGAGUCAAACUACAAAUACUACUACACCGUGGAUUAUGAGAUUCAACAGUAUACAACAACUUUCAACAUUGGUUCAUUCCAUCAUAAAGAAAACUUGCUAAAACCAUCAACAGACCUAACUGAAAAACAAUCAGUUCAAGAGAUUAAUCACAAACAGUUGAAUCAUUUAGACCUCACCCUGAAUGAAGACCAAUCCAUGGCCAAGAUCUCAUUUGCAUUAUUAUUAAAGAAUACACCAAUUAAUGAAACUUCAUUAAGAUUAAACAAAGAAUCUUUAUCAAAUAGUGUUCAAUUGGAAAAUUUAGCAUUCCAGUUUUCAUUACAACAAGGUGAAUUAGAACCUGAAAAAGGUGGUUAUGAUUUUGAUAUUAAUUAUAAUUAUGCUUUGAAUUUCAAUAAUUUCGUUAUUGAUAAUGUUUCUUUAUUGAAAAUGAUUGAAAAAGAUGAUCAGGCUUUGAUCAUUAGAUAUUAG